GCAGAGCCAAGGAAGAGCAGUGUUGCUGCUGGUAGAGUGAGUUAACUGAAAGGAUGUUGGCAACCAGACUGUCCCGGCCUCUCCUGAGCUUCUCUGUGAAAGCCCUGAAUGUGAAGGACCCAGGGAGUGGCUGCAGGCCUGUGCAAAGGUUUUGCUUCCCUCUCUUGUCCCCCUGCAGCAGCCGCUCUUAUGCAAGUGAAGUGGAUCAGAUUGGCAGCAGAGCUGUGCUUAUAACGGGUUGUGAUUCAGGCUUUGGAUUUGCCCUGGCCAAGCACCUGCAUGCCAAAGGCUUUAUUAUUUAUGCUGGUUGCCUGCAAAAGGACAAGGGAGAGGGUGGCUCCAAGGAGCUCGACGACAUGAAGAGCGAUCGAAUGAGAACUGUCCAACUCAAUGUGUGCGAUAGCAAAGAGGUGGACCGCGCAGUGGAGCACGUGAACAACAGCCUGGAGGAUCCCGAGAAAGGACUCUGGGGGCUGGUUAACAAYGCUGGGAUCUCCACGUUCGGGGAGGUCGAGUUCACCAGCAUGGAUACGUACAUGGAAGUGGCUGAAGUAAACCUGUGGGGGACCGUGCGCACCACCAAGGCCUUCCUGCCGCUCAUCCGCAGAUCAAAAGGUCGUGUGGUGAACAUCAGCAGCAUGAUGGGGCGCAUGGGCAGCCCUGCCCGCUCCCCCUACUGCAUCACCAAGUUCGGUGUGGAAGCCUUCUCCGACUGCCUGCGCUACGAGAUGCAGCCCCAGGGUGUCAUGGUCAGCAUCGUGGAGCCCGGAAACUUCAUCGCUGCCACGAACCUGUACAGCCCCGAGCGCAUCAAAGCCAUAGCUGACAAGAUGUGGGACGAGCUCCCCGAGAUCGUGCGCAAGGACUAUGGCAGGAAGUACUUCGACGAGCAGGUGAGCAAGAUGGAGACGUACUGCAACAGCGGCUCCACCGACACGUCGCCCGUCAUCGAGAGCGUCGCCCACGCGCUCACCGCCACGGCGCCCUACACCCGCUACCACCCCAUGGAUUACUACUGGUGGCUGCGCAUGCAGAUCAUGACGCACAUGCCGGCGGCCAUCUCCGACCGCCUCUACGUCUAUUGAGGCCUCACACUCCUGGGCUACCAAGGUGGGAAACCUGCUUGAGAGAGAGCAUUGUACACAGUUCCUAUUAGCCAUUUUUUAAUUUUUCUAACCUCAAUUCAGAGUACUGUAUUUUAGCUCUAAAGGGUUCCUUUAAACAUCUGACAUAACCUAAGGGGCAGUAAUUCACAAGGGAUACUUUGUGGGCAGGAAUAUAUUAUAUUUGUGCACGAACAUUGUUUCCUUGCUAUUUAUUUCAUGUAAUCUUUUUUGUUUUCCACCUCAGCUGUCAAGUUAAAAUCAUUAUUUAAAUUGUGAUUGCUCCAAAGUGCUUUCAUAACAAUUUUUGCCAGUGAUUGUACACAGUCUUUAGAAUUCCUGCCUAGGAUGCAGCCUUCACUCCAUAAAGCAGAGUCCUCUGUUUUGUAGCAGUGAAACGUUACCUCCUGAUGCGUCCAAUAGACUUUGCCAAGGCUGCUGACAGAAGCCUGAGGUAGAGCAGAAGCUCCUUUAAUUCAAGGUUCAGAACUGCAAACAUAGAGUGCUGCAGCUGAGCAAAUGACCCCGUCCUUUCCUGUCUUUGAGUUUUACCCAGUAAAUUUAAAUGGACGAGGAAGCGCUCYGCUUCUCUGCGUGAUUGCUUGCAACAAGGUAGUGAACCAGGGACUCAAUCCUGCAGACCUUUCUCACAGGYGUUUCUUACUCAUCCGAGCAUUCCCAUGCGUGUGAGCAGCUUUACCCACAGCACUGCAGGCAGCAGGGUUGGCCCGUAGUGACAUUUCUCUUCUCUUCAACAGUAAUUGAACCUCAGCUCCAGGUUUAGUUUGGAAUAGGGUUUCACUCCAGUUUCUAUAACUUGUGAGGAUCACAGCUGGCCACAGGGAAGCCAGGAGCAUUAUGGUCACAUUCACAAACACCAUUCUGACCAGGGACCUCCAAGUUACUACUCCAUGAAGUAUUUGUACAGCACCUUGCACAGAAGGGCCUUAAUCCUACCUGGGGCCUCUAGACAGUAUUGCAGUGCAGGUGAUAGAAUCUGUCAUUGAAGGAGUCAUUGAGCCAAAACGCACAAAACCUGGUAUCAAUCUAACAGAAUGUCCAUAGCACAGUAAAACUAACCUCCAGAGCAAUUUAAUUUCCAUGCUGGGUAUGUUUACAUGUCUGAGAAUUAUUUGUUUUGUACUGUAAGAAAAGAAAAAAAAAACA